AUGUAUCAUGCCACUUGCAAGCUAGGAGAAGGCUCUUUCGGCAAGGUGUUUAAAGGCGAAGAUCGGGAUGGAAAUGAAGUGGCCAUAAAGUGCGAGCCACAUGCAUGUACAAGCUUGGCGAAUGAAUUUCAGAUUUAUUCACAACUGAAGGGAUUGCGUGGAUUUCCCAAAAUGUUCCACUAUAUUCCAACACAAAAUCUCAACUAUUUGAUAAUGGAAAUUCUGGGUCCAUCUUUGUCAACAGUUUAUGAAGAAACGCCCGAACAAUUAAAAUCCACGGAAUCCAUUGCAAAGAUGGGAAUAACGGUAAUUAACAUACUACAAACACUGCACGAAAAAAAAUUUGUUCAUGGUGACAUCAAAUUGAACAACAUUGUGACCGGAUAUCAAAAUUCAUCGAAUAUCUACCUGAUUGAUUUUGGUUUGACAAGACAUAUUAGUAAUGAAAAUUUGCUCCAAGAAGUAAAUGGAUACAUUGGAACAGCAAUGUUUAUGAGUUUGGGGGCGCACUCAAAGAUUGUUUCAUUUCGCAACGAUCUUGAAUCGUUGGCAUAUGUUCUUGCCUUUUUACUCCUUGGCGAGCUCCCUUGGAAAGACAUUGAAAAUAACAUUCCGAGAUCAUGCUACUUUCAACAACUAAAAUUGCGUAAAGGUGAAAAAACACUACUACAGCAGUUACCACCACCAUUUUCAAAGUUCCUUCGGCACAUUUUCGAAAUGCCGUGGACUGGUAGACCAAAUUAUGACGAACUUCGUCGUAUUUUAAAUACAAGUAUUAAUAACAAGUGA